GGUGAGUGCACAAAAUACGGAGACAGAAGCCGCCGUGUUGAAGAGCGGGCAGUCCGGGUGACAGACGUCCGUGCACCAUGUACUGUUACAUGGCUGCAGCGCUGUUCCUCUUGCACGGGGACAUGUUCAUCCACAAUGCAGAGGCGCGCUUCGGCUCUGACAUCUCCACGGACAAUGCAGAUAACAGGUUCGCUAACAUGGGCCAGGUGACAGUGAAGGAGUGGGCCGUGGUGGACGGGCAGGUGGAUCUGAAGCUGAACGUGGAGGACACGCCGGGGGAACUAGAGGCGUGGAUCCUGGACUUCCAACCUUACAUGCACAACGCCAACGAGCAGUGGCCCGUGGAAGACGGUUGGUUGUGGUCGAACCAGACGGGUGAGUGUUCCAGUGUGCACACGUCUGCAGAGUUCUACACCUUCCUGAACGACACAGGCUUCCAAUCCCUGACUGGGACGGGCGGGAAGGAUCUAUUCAACAGCUACACCAGGGGAACCCUAGGCAACGCCUCCAGACGUGCAGACGAGGUGGCGUACUCGGGCCCGCUGAAGACUCUCCUGGGCUGUAAGAGUCAGGGUAGUAACGAAUCAGUCUGGAACAUGACGUCAACAGAAGAUGAAGUAGAGUUCCGUACAAGGCUUUAUGUUGUCAACGUCAGGCCAAAGGACUAUUAUAGACCACAGAAAGGAAUCUCCUUCGUGCAGAGCCACAUAGACCUGAUCUGGCGGCUGUACCGGACGGCGCUGGCCAAAGUCAUCAUCAGCUCGUCCGGCCUGCUCCGACCAGUGUUCGAAUACGCCAUCGUCAGCACUGUGUAUGACGUCAACGGCGACCCCGACUGGUCAAAGGCCCGGCUAGAUCUCCGGUUCAUCACCAUCACGGACUCCAACACCCAGAUGAGUGUGUACGUGAACGCCAGCGCGAACUACACCGCGCAGAACCCGGCUAACGGGCUGCGGGAGGUGGUGUCAGCCCCGCCCGUGGAGCCGGAACAGACGCCGUCAUGUCAGCUCAUCCCGCACUACAUAGACGGCGGGCUUCAGUGUCAUCAGGUGUGGGAUUUCAUUUUCAUCCUGGACAUUGACACGACGUCACUAAUAGACGGACAGCCGGUGGACGCCACAGGUGACUUCUCCUUCAUGUACGACUCGUACACAUGCGCGGUAACCAAUGGCAACGUCAACAGGACCCUGUGCACCAAAGAUGCCGUCCCUUCCACCAAGGUGUCGGCGGAGAUCACCAUCCAGACCACAGUAGAGCUAACGGACGCUGAGGCUGACGCCAUCACUCUGCACCUGCACAGGAUGGUUGGCUCUGACAACGAAGAUGUGAGUGUGAACGGCCGCCGCGGGGUGGCGCACCUUGAGAACGUGACCAUGGAGGUGAAGUUUUCCCCGGCCUUCCUGCGCGUGGACUACGAGCUGGAGCUCACGCUGUUCAUGGUCUGCAUCGGGAACGUCACAGAGCACCCAGCGGGGUGUUUAGUGGCGACCCCAGAUGAUCGUUACGUUGCCUGGAAGGAGCCUCAUCUGGUGUUCGAAUAUAACGGCACUACUUGGCGCCAUGACGACUUUCUAUCGGACUACGAACAGCCGCUAUAUUCACAGGGCUAUGUCCACGAGAGUGCUGAGAACCCCACCCCAGUCCACCGGUCCCAGUUCACCAACCUGGCCCUGUCAGCACAGUCUGCCCAGUACACCAUCACUACGGUCUUCUACCUGGUGGCGAAGGAAGGGGCCAGGAGAAGGAGAGCACUACCAGGAAAACAAUUCAUCAUGAACAAGGUGUUGGGACCUGAGGACUUUCAUCCAUCGGAAACAGCCCUGGCCCUUCCCCGUACACGACGUGAACUCAUGGACACCAUCAACGAACCAAAGAGCUUUGUGACUGCGUUCAGUUUCUCUGGCUGUCCUGCAAAUGCCAGAUACGACCCCCAGCAAAGGGCAUGCGAGUGUCCAGACAACAUGGUGUAUAGUUCACUCACUUAUACCUGUCAAGAGUUAGAAGUGCCAGGAUCAGGUCUUGAACCAAGUGGUACACCUAACUUAGGGGCCAGUAUCAUCCUCUUGUUUCUGUCCUGUGUAGUUCAGCUUAUACAGUCUGUGGUAAAUUUGAAGUGCUAGAAAAUUGAUUAUGAAAAACUAAAUCUUGAAUCUGAGUGUAACUGCUAAAAGAAAU